AUACAGAGUUCUGAGUUGAGGCAUCUAACAGUUUGUCCACUGUCUGUUCCCAUGGAAGAUGUUCAACAGAAACACAAGGAGACUCUGCGGGCACAAACUGAAACACUGAGAGUGAACACGAUCCUGAUGAGGGAGAAGGUGAAGGUUUUCCAGCUGGUUGAUCGAUACGCUGAGCUCACAGUCAUUUCUACUGUUCGAGACCGGAGACUGGUAGAACAUGAGCUGCUGGCAAGAGGCAGAGACCACGAGAAGUGGAGAGAAAAAAAUCUCCGUGGACACCUGGAAAAACUCCGGAUAGAUCAGUUGUUCCAGAGCAGCUUUUUUCGAAGUCAGUCCGAAUCUGGGAGUUCAGCAGCAGCGGCCGGAGUCCCGGGGAUCGGGAAAACAACAAUGGUACAAAAGAUUGUUUAUGACUGGGCCAUGGGGAAAAUAUACCAACAGUUCCAGUUUGUCUUUAGUUUCAAAUUCCGGGAUUUAAACACCAUUAACAACCGAAUAAACCUGAAGGAACUGAUUCUGGAUCAAUAUCCUUACUUUGGGAAUAUCCUGAGAGAGGUCUGGAAGAACCCAGAGGGAUUGCUGUUUAUAUUUGAUGGUUUGGAUGAAUUCAAUGACAAAAUUGAUUUUUCUGACAGUAGGAGAGAUACUGAACCUCAGUUCACAUGCACUGAUCCUGAAUUCAAGUGCAAGGUGUCUGACAUUGUGUACAGUUUAAUCCAGGGCAAGCUGCUCCCAGGGUGUUCAGUGCUGGUGACCACCCGUCCCACUGCGUUACAUUUAUUGGAAAAGGCGGAUAUCAGUGUCUGGGCUGAAAUCCUGGGAUUUGUUGAUGAGGAACGGAAGGAAUAUUUCAUCAGGUAUUUUGAAGAUCAGACGGUGGCAGCAGCUGUUUUCAAACACGUGGAGGAGAAUGAGAUCCUGUACACCAUGAGCUACAACCCCUCCUACUGCUGGAUCCUCGCUCUGGCACUGGGCCCCUUCUUCACACAAAGAGUCAGGGACCCACAGCGAGUUCCCAAGACCAUCACCCAACUGUACUCCUACUAUAUUUACAACAUUCUGAAAAACCACGGCCGUGAGAUUGGGAACCCCCGUGAUGUGUUACUCAGGGUUGGUCAGAUGGCCUACAGAGGAGUGUCUGAGAGGAAGAUUGUAUUUACAGAUGGAGAUUUGAUCAACUACAGUCUGCAGACUUCCCAGUUCCUGUCCGGGUUCCUGAUGGAGCUUUUGGAGAGAGAGGAUUCUGCCCGGAGUGUGGUGUACACAUUCCCACACCUCACCAUCCAAGAGUUUGUAGCUGCAGUUGCACAAUUCCUGAAUCCACAUCCCGGGGAUAUCAUGAAAUUCCUCACUGAAGUCCACAGCACGACAGAUGGGCGAUUUGAGGUAUUUCUCCGUUUUGUUGCUGGUCUCUCCUCCCCAAUGACAGCUCGGGGCCUGGAGGAGUUUCUGGGUCCAUUUCCCAAUGAAACAACCUGCCGGGUGAUUGACUGGGUGAAGGAGGAGGUUAAACGCCAGAGUGGAAACACGAGUGAAGCUGGUAAAAGGAGCCUCCUGAACACAUUGCACUACCUGUUUGAGUCUCAGAAUCGUGGACUGGCUCAGGCCGCUCUGGGAUCUGUGGAAACACUUUCAUUCCGUGGAAUGACACUAACCCCGAUUGACUGCGCGGUCCUGUCUCAUGUCAUCGGACUCUGUGAUACAAUAAAACACCUCGACCUGCAGAAGUGCCACAUUCAGUGCGAAGGAAUCCAGCGGCUGGGACCCGGGCUGCACAAGUGCCAGGAGUUGAGACUUGGGUGGAAUGAACUGGGAGAUUCAGGAGUGAAACUGGUGUCUGCGGCUCUGAGGAACCCGGAGUGUAAAAUACAGAAACUGGGGUAA